AUGGAACCUCCAUCCACUUCUCUGACGAGCAUUCCACGUCGUGCCUCGCAGAACAAUGACGCCUCCUUGCGCCCUGAUGGCGCCAGCAAUCCAACCCACAGCCGUCCUGACACUCGCCCACGUUUCCCCACGAGUCCACCGCACACCGAGGACGGUGAGGUAGAGUCCGCCUCAGAGGCCAACGUUGCAAAAUUCAACAAGCUCCUCAACUGCGACAGGAGGCGCCCAGAGGAGGAGCAGGAGGACAAGUCCCGCCUCGUCAACAUGUCGUCCAGUCUGGUUGGCCAGACAGUCACCCCCUUCCUCCGGGAACAUGUCCCGAGCUUGUACGCUCCUGUGUCCAAGAUCGAGUCAGCCUACCCAAACGAGCCAUCGAGGCAGAAGGAGUACAAUAGCAAGUACUGCUACCGACAUCGACCCGACUCGAAAUGCCGGAAGGCUGCCGACGAGAACAAGAUGGCCAUGAUCCAGAGUGAGCUCGAGAAGCUACCUCAGGCGGACCAACAAGCCAUCACACAUGUCUGGAGUCUCUUUUCUGCUGCGCCGUCGAAACACAGAGAGUUGAUGAUCCAGGGCAUCCUGUCUUCGUCCUGCUUCCCUCAACUAAGUCUUGUCUCGAGAGAGGUCCAGGCUCAACUCAAGAUCGAUUUCAUCUCCGCGCUGCCCAAUGAGAUCUCUAUCAAGAUCCUAUCCUCCCUUGACACGGUAUCGCUCUGCAAGGCGGCCCAAGUAUCUCGCCACUGGCGAGUGCUGGCGGAUGACGAUGCCGUCUGGCACCGGAUGUGCGAGCAACACAUCGACAGGAAAUGCACAAAGUGUGGAUGGGGUUUGCCUCUACUCGAGCGCAAUAGGCUGCGCAAUUGGACUCGGCAACGGCGGCUUGCAGCAAGCCAGAAGACAGAGCCGACUGAACGCGUCAUGCCUCUGUCGCCACCAACACUGCCCCUCCCAAACACGCCGAAGACGCCCGCGUCACCAAAAAGGAAUGCUAGCCCCUCCGAAGAAAACGGGCCCUCAAAGCGCCAAUGCGUGUCUAGGAUGGAUGAUACCAAACUAUUUAGUGCCAGUCUUGACGGAACUCUGAAGGUCUGGAACUGGCGUACAGGCCAGUGUAUGCGGACACUUGGCAACUCGGAUGGCCUCAUCUCCGUGCAUUUCCAGGAUGAGUUGGUCGCCACUGGCAGCAUUGACCACACGAUCCGGGUGUACAACUUUUCGAACGGAGAGACCUUUUGCCUGAAGCAUCACGAAGACUGGGUCAACAAUGUCAAAGUCGACACCAACAGCCGCACCUUGUUGUCCGGGUCGGAUGACUGCACUGUCGUCCUCUGGGACCUCGAUACUCGCAAGAUCAUUCGCGAGUUCAUUGGCCACGUCGGGCAUGUACAACAAGUUCUGGGAUUGCCAGCAGAUUUUGAACCAGACGAGGAUCCUGCCACUGCUGGCCAAGACCCCACCGAGACGAUGUCUGUCUCCAGUGGGCACAGCUCGUCGCCGGCGUCUGUGCACCCAGACUCUGGCCGCAGUGAUCCCGAGCUGGACCUGCGCGCUUCUUACGGACCAGGAUUCGUCGAUCAGCCCGAUCGUCCUCUGCCUGCUAGGUACAUACUAUCGGGUGGACUCGACGCCUCUCUGAAGUUGUGGGACAGUUCGACUGGCCGCGUGAUCCGUAACCAGUGGGGCCAUCUUGAGGGCAUCUGGUCUGUGGAGUGUGACAGUCUCCGCAUGGUGACCGGGGCGAACGACAGCUUGGUCAAGACAUGGGACCCGCGAUCCGGCCGGUGCACUGGUACAUUCGCCGGGCAUACCGGCCCUGUGACAUCGGUCGCCGUGUCAGAUGCUCUGAUGGCGUCGGGGAGUGAAGAUGGAGAAGUGAAGUUGUAUAAUUUCAAGCUCAGUGACGGGUGCCGACGAUCCACCAGCCCUGCUGAGCCGUCAUCGCAAUGA